UAUAUUCUUACCAAUAUUGUGUUCUACAAUGACUCAACGUAUGUUUAGUGAUGCCUUUAUCCCUACAUGGUAUGAGAUCCCCAUAGCUAAACCCCAUUUGAGCGAAGGUAUCGAAGAAAAUAAUCUUGAUCCCGAUGAAGAAAAUACAAAAUUAUGCGAUCUUUGUAAGCUUCCUAUCUUCUCAACUCCUUAUGUUUCUAAGGAGGACAAUGAGGGUGCUCGAAUCCUAAUUCACAAAUGUUGCAAUGAAGCCCCUCCCACUUUAAUCGGGCAUUCUUUGCACGUGAAAAAGCUUGUCUUAUACAAGCAUGUUUCAAAUUCGUGCGAAAAUUGUAGUAGGAUGUACUACGAUGGCUUCUUCUACCAAUGCCCCGAGAAGGAUUGCGAAUUCAUUCUAGAUAUGCGGUGUGCCACAACAAUCAAAGUUGUACAUAGAAGCCACAGACAUGAAUUGAUCUUCUUUCGAAGUAGAACAAGUAAGUUCCUUUGUGGGGCUUGCGGAUUUGAGCACGAGGGAGACUUCUAUUGCUGCGAUCUUUGCAAUUUUUAUUUGCAUCAUGAUUGUGCUUUACUUCCAAAUAUCAUUCUGCAUAAGAACCAUGAGCAGCAUCCUCUCUGUAUUAAUUAUGACACUUCCAUGGAGUUCCUUGAGUUUAAAAAGUCCCAUAUAUGCUCUAUUUGUGAGAAAGAAUUAUCCGCUAUCAAUUCGGGAAUAUAUAUUUGCACAAAAUGCAACUACAACAUUCACAUCAAGUGUGCAACUUCCGACCCGACCCAUUUUCACCAAGUACCAACUCGAGAUACAGCUGGUGGACUUACUCAUUUGCCGAUGCCUAAUGAGCAUACGAGCUUAAUACAAUGCUUCUUGGAAGGGAAAAAUGAUAUGAGCGACAAUGGAAUUAGUACUGAAAAAGAUAAGAAAAUAUUCAAAGACCAAAACAUUCACAGCCAUGAUUUGAUCUUUCAUGAAAAAUUUGGUGAUGGUGAUGGUGAAGUUGGUUCUUCUCGAUCUUAUUCUUGCGGAGCAUGCACUCAGCUCAUAUCUCGAUCAUUCUAUACUUGUUCUCAGUGCGAAGAUUUCUACCUUCACAGUUGUUGCGUUAGGCUACCUUCACAGUAUCAAUUUUCGAUAAUGCAUACAUCUGAAGGUUGCAAAGAUAAAUCUCUUAUUCUCCGACCAAAUCUUGAAAGAGGUUUCUUCUUUCGCAAUUGGUGCAGAGGUUGUUUUCGAUACUGUAAUGGAUUCUUCUAUAAGUGCGAGAUAUGUGAGAUCUACUUGGAUGUGUGUUGUACACUUUUGCCGAAAACAAUAUCCUACCAAGGGCAUGGAAAGUCUCACAUUCUUUUCUUGUUCUACACUUCCUCUUCGACUAUUGGUCGCGCUUGCCACUGCUGCAACGAAAACAUUGUACAGCAGUUGUUUUAUCGAUGUUGCACAUGUUCGAAUUUUGAAAUACAUGCCCUUUGUGCCCUUUUCCCGGAAAGUGUUUCGCACAAAUUAGACAGGCAUCCGGUGAAGCUAUCCUUUUCGAAAUUUCCAUCUGUUAUAAAUGAAGAUCGAGACUUCUGUGAGAUUUGCGAAAAGGACAUGGAUAGAGAACGUUGGUUCUAUGGUUGCGAAGAAUGUGGUACCUAUUUUCACAUGAGGUGCCUUCCUCGUGUUGGCGAAUACUCGAUGAUUAUAUUUGGAAGAACAAUUCGUGUGGAAGGGCACAAUUGUCCGCUUACUUCUAUUCAAAUACUUACCAGCUACAACUAUGUGUGUAACAGAUGCGAGGAUAUCAUUCGAGGUCGAGAGGAAGACGGGAUAGCAUUUGAAUGCACAAAAUGUAGCUACUUGUUGUGCUUUGAUUGUGCUAAAAGAAAUCGUUACGUAUGAGAUGAUUUGUCUCGAGGAUUUCAUUUACUUGAUUGUCAUAUGAAGUUGUUAAUGUGUUAAGAGCUUGUUUUGUUUUUGUGUUCAUUACUUAAUUACA